AAAAAUGUUUCUUUGUAUUUGACUGCACCGGGUUUUAGUUGCAGAAUGUGGGAUCUUUGAUCAAACUCUUGAGUUGUGGUAUGCAAACUCUUAGUUGGGUCGUGUGGGAUCUCAAAAGAAGAAAUCCUAAAGUUGCAACUGAGGUCCUUGUUCAUAAAAGUGCCUGUGUCACUAAUAGAAGGCUGGAGAACCAGGAUUCCCUUCAGGUCUCUGGGGCAACAGGCCAGGUGACCAAUCAACUCUUGUAGGCCUAGGCUCAUUGUUGGAGGUGUAAAUGUUGCUAUGACUACUGAAUCCUUGGUGACUAAACAGAAAUGAGAGCUCGUUCAGUCUCUAAAGACUACAUCAAGCAAGUCUGUAGACAUGUCCAUGGAAAAGAUUGGAAAAGUAGAAGAGCAUUUUCAAAGGGCCCUGGAACUUAAGAAGAUGGUGCACAGGUGGCGAAAUUCACACACACACUGUCUGUGGCAGAUAACAUUAAGCCAGAGGAGAAACCCAUAUGCUAUCCUAAGGAUGCAGGACACCAUGGUACAGGAGUUGGCACUGGCCAACAAGCAGUUGCUGAUGGUCCGUCAAGCUGCCCUGCACCAGCUGUUUGAAAAGGAGCAUCAGCAGUACCAGCAAGAACUAAAUGAGAAGGGCAAAGCUUUUUACGUGGAGAGACUCUGAUGGCAUUUGAAACACUGUCCUUCCAUUCUCACCGCAUCUGCUAACCUAGCCUUCUUGACCCCCACUCCCUCCAACGUCCCUUCCUAAACGCACCUGGAUAUAGUUAUCUGCCCAGAGCUUAAGACAGUGUUCCCACUCUCACAUCUCCUGUUAUUGUCAAGCCCCAGUGCUAUCUGGAAAAUGAUCUAUGAAACAAUGGUAAAAACAAGAGUGACGCCUUGUGGUCAGAAUGAGGUAUGCAGUAUUGACGUGAGUGGAGGGGAGGUGGAUAGAUGAACAACGUGAGCAGAGCAUCCUGAUUUGGUUUAAUAAAUAAAGCUAGUUCUUAAAAGUUCA